UGUCUGUUUGUUGGUUGGCCGGGACAAUAUGGGGUCAUGGUCAUGCAUGAAGGCCCAUCCCCAUGCCACUUCACCUCAUCAUGAGGCCAUCAUUCGUUACAGUGGACCCCACCUCUCUGACACGUGGGACCAUCCUACAGGCCGUCCACGACAAUCGCCACCGUCACCGACGACUACCACUCGUUCGCCCCCGUUCUCUUCCUUCCACUCUAAUAAAACGACAUACAUGGUGGGCCCCAUCCCACAACGUGGCCACGUCGACAUCGCCUCACUUACACGUGUCCCUACGCGCUUCGCCGCCAACUCGCUCCGCCACGUGUCUCUCUGGCCCCACUCCCUUUCCAAUGUGCCUUCGGUCGUUGAUUCAAUGCGCAAACCAAUGAAAUCAAAUCUUUGCCCUUCGGAUAUUCAGUUAUCAGUUACACGGUUACCACUAUCCCUCUCCCACGCGCCGUGAGAUACACCACGCGCCGUCGCAAUUGAAGCUCACGCGCUUGAAAUCGAGAUUGAGUUUCUGUAUCGUUUUAUUGAAUUUUAUUGGUGGGGUGGUGGUGUUUCCUAAUUCAACAACCGACGAAGGUUUCCUUGUAAAGCACGUUUCGUGAGGGUCGAAACGCUAUAAAUACGCCUUUCUGAUUUAGCAGUGUUUUUCUCUCCUCUCUCUCUUCAUUUCUUUUCUCUUUCUCGCUCUCUCUCUCUCUCAUUCUGUUACGUUCUCUCUUUUUUAAUUUAACACUUUCGCUUCUCUCGCCGCUUAAAAGCACACCGUUUUUCAGUACCACUCCAUUAUAUAGCUUCGUUCUUGAACCCUAAUUCUUCGUUCUUGUCUAGGGUUUGUUUGGUUUCGGUCUGUUUUAAUCAUUAAUCAUAUUUUCAGCUAGAUAUCUGCAUUAUUAUGAAAGAAGAUUAAUGAGAAACCUUGUUACGUUGUUCGCGUGGUUGGAGCUCGUUUAUUAGGAGCUCAGCAGUUGAUGGACUGUUACCCCAAGAGCAGUGACAAGAUAACAUUGAAGAGGUGGUUUUUCAUUGAUAAGAGAGUUGGGUAAAGUGGAAAUCUGAUACAUAGAUAAUAAUAGUUCAAUUGGUGCUCAAUACUCCUUAAAUUUCACACAUUGUUGCCGUAAUAUCAAGUGGUUCACAAACCUGGAUCCCAUGGACUUGAAAUCAAAUCACACCCCUGUUCUUGCUGAUGCUGCACCCAUAACAAAGUCAAGACUGGGUGUGCAUUCAAGUUUAUUGCCUUACUCCCCAACCGGGGCGACCUUUCCACAUGGUAUGCUAUUGACUAUCCCAAGGAAGAAAACUGGACUUCUUGAGGAUGUUCGUUCUAGUAGUUGGUUGGAUGCCAUGAAAUCAUCUUCUCCUCCCCCCAGGAAGAUAACGAAGGAUGUUAGUCAUGGCUUUGCGUCACAUGAAUCUGAUGCUGCUUAUUUUAACUGGCUGCUAAAGUAUCCCUCAGCACUUACAUCUUUUGAGCAAAUUACAAACUAUGCAAAAGGGAAGAGAAUAGCCUUGUUUCUGGAUUAUGAUGGAACUCUUUCACCGAUCGUCGAUAAUCCUGACUGUGCUUUCAUGUCUGACAAUAUGCGAGAUGCUGUUAAAAAGGUGGCUGAAUAUUUCCCUACUGCUAUUAUCAGUGGAAGAAGUCGUGACAAGGUAUAUGAAUUUAUAGGACUAACAGAACUCUAUUAUGCUGGUAGUCAUGGUAUGGACAUCAUUGGUCCUGUCAGGCAGGCUGUACCUGAUAACCACCCUAAUUGCACCAUUAGGUCUACUGACAAGCAGGGUAAGGAAGUUAAUUUAUUCCAACCUGCUGCUGAGUUCUUGCCCCUGAUUGAUGAGGUGUUUGAGUCUCUUGUUGAGAGUACAAAAGAUAUUAAAGGAGCAAAAGUUGAAAACAAUAAAUUUUGUGUGUCUGUACAUUACCGCAAUGUAGAUGAUAAGAGUUGGGAUUUGGUGGGGCAGAUUGUCCAUGAUAUUCUGAAGGGCUAUCCACGUUUGCGACUAACUCAUGGGCGCAAGGUCUUAGAGGUCCGCCCAGUGAUUGACUGGGAUAAGGGAAAAGCAGUCACGUUUUUGCUCGAGUCACUUGGGCUUAGCAAUUGUGAUGAUGUGCUUCCUAUAUAUAUUGGAGAUGACAGAACAGAUGAAGAUGCAUUUAAGGUUCUGAGGGAGGGAAAUAAAGGUUAUGGGAUCUUAGUGUCCUCAGCGCCAAAAGAAAGCAAUGCAGUUUACUCUCUCCGUGAUCCAUCAGAGGUGAUGGAGUUUCUCAAGUCUCUUGUGGUAUGGAAGUCAAGCCCCCUAAAAAGCCUUAUAUAGUGUAUAGAGUUGAAUUAUACUCUAAUAUAUACUAUAAACUAUAUAAUAUCAUCAUCAUGGUAGUGAUAAUAAAGACAGCCUUAUGUUUUCGAUUUUGGGUUUUCUAGGAAACAUGCCAAGAGGUUUCCUGCAGCAGGUUUGCGCACAGAAGACCUCUUAUGGUAGCUACAACCUUGUCGCUACCUUGUUUUGUUCAAACUUCAAAUCUCCUUUGGCAAUUGUAAAUUAGCCACUCAUGUUUAUGUCUCAAAAGGAUUAAAGAAAAAUAUGCAGAGAAAUUUUUUCUUUCUUUGUUAUUCUUUCUUUCUUUUAAGCCCAAAGAGUGUUUAUAUUUUUAGUUUUUACUCACUGGUGCCUCCAGUUUUGGUUACUGUAUCUUAACCACUUAAAAGGGAGUUACAUAUGCAAUUAUUAUUAAUUUAUUCUUUUUUUUUUAAUGUUCAUUAUUAUUUUGGAAUGGAAUAUACAUGUAUUUAUGGCUGUCAUGGCCUUUGCCAUUUGCCAAUACUAUAUCAUUGAU